UGUUAGUGGAAGGCUAUUGUCGAGUAAAGCUCUCGGAUCACCACUACAUACCCAGAAAAAAAGAAAGUCUCGAUCGUUUUUUCUUAAACGUCAACACUCGCUGACCGAUGUAUGGCAAACGACUCUUAAAUCUACAACGGCUAUGACUAAAGCAGCUGCCAGAAUGGAAAAUACAGAAAUUGCUAUAGGUGGACACCAACAUAAUCAUGACGGGCCAAGUGGAUCAGAACCGGCGAUCGGCGGUACAAGUAUACCGAUCGCACCCAAGAAACCAACCAGAAGAGCAGGUGUGAAACCACAGCCUGAUCGUCCGUUACGAGCGCUCUUUUGUCUUACACGGACAAAUCCUCUUCGAAAGCUUUGCAUCGCCAUUGUGGAAUGGAAACCCUUUGAAUAUUUGAUUUUACUUACAAUUUUUGCCAAUUGUGUAGCCUUAGCUGUGUACACACCCUUUCCCAAUAGUGAUUCAAACACCACGAACGCGGCACUCGAAAAAGUUGAAUAUAUCUUUUUAGUAAUAUUUACGUCGGAAUGUGUAAUGAAGCUAAUUGCAUACGGGUUUAUAUUACAUCCUGGAUCCUAUUUGAGGAAUGGAUGGAAUAUUCUCGAUUUCACUAUCGUAGUUAUUGGUAUGAUUUCUACAGCGCUGUCUAAUCUUAUGAAGGAAGGAUUUGAUGUUAAAGCUCUUCGCGCUUUUCGAGUACUUCGUCCAUUGCGUUUGGUAUCUGGAGUGCCUAGUUUGCAAGUUGUUCUCAAUUCAAUCCUUCGUGCCAUGGUGCCUUUACUACACAUAGCCCUACUGGUACUGUUUGUGAUAAUCAUUUACGCCAUCAUAGGUCUAGAACUGUUCUCCGGUAAAUUACAUAAGUCUUGCUUCCAUAAUGAAACGGGUGAAAUUAUGGACGAUCCACAUCCUUGCGGAGAGGAUGGCUUUCAUUGUGACACGAUAUCACCUGAAAUGGUAUGCAGAUACUAUUGGGAAGGUCCGAAUUUCGGCAUCACGAACUUUGAUAACUUUGGGCUAUCAAUGUUAACUGUGUUCCAGUGUGUGACAUUGGAAGGAUGGACAGACAUGCUGUAUUAUAUUGAGGACGCAAUGGGGAGUAGCUGGCAGUGGGUGUAUUUCAUUUCUAUGGUCAUUCUCGGUGCUUUCUUUGUUAUGAAUCUUAUUCUGGGUGUUUUGAGUGGUGAAUUUUCGAAGGAACGAACGAAAGCAAAAAAUCGAGGCGAUUUUCAAAAACUUCGUGAAAAGCAGCAAAUCGAAGAAGACCUUCGUGGUUACUUAGAUUGGAUUACACAAGCAGAAGACAUAGAUCCCGACAACGAAGCAAGUGGAAUUCAAGAGGGCAAAGUGAAAAACCCAAUUGAACUGGAUUCAUCCGACAAUCUUGGCGAAGACGGAGAGGUGCAGCAUUUGUCAUGGUGUGCUCGAAAACGAAAAUCUAUCGAUCGUGUCAAUCGCCGUUUAAGACGUGCUUGUCGCAAGGCUGUAAAAUCGCAGGCUUUUUAUUGGCUUAUUAUAAUAUUGGUUUUCCUUAAUACGGGUGUGUUAGCUACAGAACAUUAUCGUCAGCCUCCUUGGUUGGAUGACUUCCAAGAAUACACGAAUAUGUUUUUCGUCGCCCUGUUUACAAUGGAAAUGUUACUGAAGAUGUAUAGUUUGGGAUUCCAGGGAUAUUUUGUAUCUCUAUUCAACCGUUUCGACUGUUUUGUUGUAAUCGGUAGUAUUGGAGAGAUGGUACUCACUAGCACACAAAUUAUGCCACCUCUCGGGGUUUCUGUAUUACGAUGUGUCCGUCUAUUACGUGUUUUCAAGGUUACUAAAUACUGGCAAUCUCUCUCUAAUUUGGUUGCAUCGCUGUUAAACUCCAUACAAUCGAUCGCAUCUCUGCUACUGUUGUUGUUUUUAUUCAUCGUCAUUUUUGCUUUGCUCGGAAUGCAAGUUUUUGGAGGAAAGUUCAACUUCAACAGUUCAGUCGAUAAGCCGCGCUCAAAUUUUGAUAGCUUCGUGCAAAGUUUGCUCACAGUGUUUCAGAUACUUACAGGUGAAGAUUGGAACAUGGUUAUGUACGACGGAAUUCAGGCAUAUGGUGGGGUAGCAUCGAUGGGUAUCAUUGCUAGCAUUUACUUCAUUAUUCUGUUUAUAUGUGGUAAUUACAUUUUAUUGAAUGUCUUUUUGGCUAUUGCCGUUGACAAUUUGGCCGAUGCGGAUUCCCUAACGACCGUUGAAAAAGAGGAAGGUGAAAACCCUGAGGGUGACGAGGAAAAAUUGUCACAUGCACCAACACCAACUGAACAUGGAGAUGAUGGAUUUAUGGAACAUGAAAAGGACAAUUUGGACUCUGACAACGAUCCAAUGAACAUGUCUGAUGAAUAUGAUUGCCAUGAGUCACAAUCUAAGAUUCCUGUCCCCGAGGAUGACGAAGGUUACGAAGAGCAGGAUACGCAAGAUUCGCAAGACGACGGUCUGCGGGUGGCUAGACCACGUAGAAUGUCUGAGUUAAAUGUCGUCAAUACGGUGUUACCGAUACCGGAUGGUUCAUCGUUUUUUAUUAUGUCAAAAACAAACAGGUUUCGUAUUUUCUGCCACUGGCUCUGUAAUCAUGGCACGUUCGGCAACAUAAUUCUAGUCUGCAUUAUGUUCUCAUCGGCAAUGCUGGCGGCGGAAGACCCUUUGAAUGCCAAUAGUGAACGCAACCAGAUCCUCAACUACUUCGACUAUUUCUUCACGUCCGUAUUUACGAUAGAAUUGCUGCUGAAACUAAUUUCGUAUGGGUUUUUAUUUCAUGACGGAGCAUUCUGCCGAUCUGCGUUUAACUUACUUGACCUGUUAGUUGUCUGUGUGUCACUGAUAUCGAUGUUUUUCAGUUCGGGUGCCAUCUCUGUGAUAAAAAUUCUUCGAGUGCUUCGUGUUCUUCGACCACUCCGUGCUAUUAAUCGUGCUAAAGGAUUGAAGCAUGUAGUGCAAUGUGUUAUAGUAGCAGUAAAGACUAUCGGUAAUAUCGUGUUGGUUACUUGUUUGCUACAGUUUAUGUUCGCCGUAAUCGGGGUGCAGUUGUAUAAGGGAAAAUUCUUCUCAUGUUCGGAUGGUUCGAAAAUGCAGGAAUCAGAAUGUCACGGUACAUAUUUAGUAUACGAAGAUGGCAAUGUGGACAAGCCAGUUUCAAAAGAACGAUAUUGGUCACGAAAUCGGUUCCAUUUUGAUGAUGUAUCGAAGGCAAUGUUAACUCUUUUCACCGUGUCAACGUUUGAGGGCUGGCCUGGAUUAUUGUAUGUAUCUAUCGACUCCCACGAAGAAGAUUCUGGGCCGAUACAUAAUUUUCGCCCAAUUGUGGCUGCAUAUUAUAUAAUUUACAUAAUCAUCAUCGCCUUCUUCAUGGUAAACAUCUUUGUUGGUUUUGUCAUCGUUACAUUCCAAAACGAAGGUGAACAGGAAUACAAGAAUUGCGACCUGGACAAAAAUCAGCGAAAUUGUAUAGAGUUUGCACUAAAGGCCAAACCAAUAAGACGUUACAUACCAAAGCAUCGCAUACAGUAUAAAGUGUGGUGGUUUGUAACAUCUCAACCAUUCGAAUAUAUGAUAUUUAUACUGAUUAUGAUAAACACAAUUACACUUUCGAUGAAGUUUUACCGACAACCGGAGAUUUACACGGAGGUUUUGGAUUUAUUGAACCUUAUCUUCACGGCAGUCUUCGCCUUGGAGUUUGUCUUUAAACUAGCAGCAUUUAGAUUUAAGAAUUAUUUCGGAGAUGCGUGGAAUGUAUUUGAUUUUAUAAUUGUACUAGGUAGUUUCAUUGAUAUUGUAUACUCGGAAGUUAACGUCAGUAAAGGAAUGAAGGCAAGUAAUAAACAUGACAAACAAUUGAUCCGAUUAUGUAAAUCUUGAAUCAAUAUUUCUGAUUCAUUAAAGGGAGGAUCAAGUAUAAUAUCAAUCAAUUUUUUCCGACUGUUCCGAGUGAUGCGAUUGGUUAAGCUUUUAGCAAGAGGAGAAGGAAUUCGUACACUUUUAUGGACAUUUAUAAAAUCCUUUCAAGCACUACCAUACGUAGCAUUGUUGAUUGUCAUGCUCUUCUUCAUUUAUGCUGUGAUCGGAAUGCAGGUUUUUGGAAAAAUAGCCAUGGAUGAUGACACGUCGAUUCAUCGAAACAAUAAUUUUCAAACGUUUCCUCAAGCAGUUUUGGUACUAUUUCGGUCGGCUACAGGAGAAGCGUGGCAAGAUAUUAUGCUUGAUUGCUCUGCGCGGCCAGGAGAAGUUAAUUGCGACCCCAAAUCAGACGAUGCAGGAUCUCCCGACGGCUGCGGCUCUAGCAUCGCUUUUCCAUACUUCAUUUCAUUUUAUGUACUUUGUUCCUUCCUUAUUAUCAAUUUAUUUGUUGCUGUCAUUAUGGAUAAUUUUGACUACUUAACACGCGAUUGGUCUAUCCUCGGUCCGCACCAUCUAGACGAAUUCGUACGCCUAUGGAGCGAGUACGAUCCAGACGCUAAGGGACGAAUUAAGCAUCUAGAUGUCGUAACCUUGUUACGUAAGAUAUCUCCACCGCUCGGAUUCGGCAAGUUGUGUCCACACCGGGUGGCCUGCAAGCGUUUGGUAUCGAUGAACAUGCCGCUAAAUAGCGACGGUACGGUUCUGUUUAAUGCGACGUUAUUUGCGGUGGUACGCACAUCGUUAAAGAUCAAAACCGAAGGAAAUAUCGAUGAUGCCAAUACAGAAUUGCGCAAUACCAUCAAGCAAAUAUGGAAGCGCACAAAUCCGAAGCUUUUAGAUCAAGUGGUGCCACCACCGGGAGUCGAUGAUGAAGUAACGGUUGGCAAAUUUUAUGCUACGUUCUUGAUACAAGAUUACUUCAGAAGGUUUAAAAAACGAAAGGAAAAUGACAAUAAGCUAAGCAGCGAUCAGAACAAAAGACGCACGAUAACAUUACAAGCAGGCUUACGUACGUUACACGAGGCAGGUCCAGAGCUGAAACGAGCCAUAUCUGGAAAUCUUGAGGAUAUUGGUGAUGAUAAUCCGGAACCGUCCCAUCGGCGUAAUCAUACCCUGUUUGGAAACGUGUGGUGUUCAAUUCGUCGGCCUGGAACUUUCGGUUUAAAGCAAAAGGAAAAGUGGUCUGGAAAUCACAAAAUGACAGCCACCACAAUUGCUGCUUCAGCCGCCAUGCACACGGUAUUAUCUGGAACAAAUGAAGGUCCAAGACAAGAAGGUCCGAGGUCAAAACUCAACUGUGUCGACAGUGGUCCAGGAUACAGUCACAUAGCUGAAAGCAUUUUACAUGCUGUGCACGAUAAUCCAUUACGGGAUACGUUCGGUAAUGGUGUACAAGGUAGUGCAGAGAAUAACGAUGCUGCCACAACCGAUAUCCCUCUACGACCAUUAUUAUUGUAUGACGCAACUAACAAACGAGGACCUACAAAUGCCAAUGUUGGUUCACAAAACAUUUCCUUGGCAAUUGAUCGCACCAACAAAUUAGAAAACUUGGAAAAAGUUCGUCUGAUUCACUCAACACCCAGCAGCCCACAUGAAACUCACAAGCCAUCUUCUGAUGUGAUUGGAUCUGCGGAAAGCCUGGUCGGAAGGGUACUCGCACAACAAGGAUUAGGUAAAUACUGCGACCUGGAUCUGGUUCAUUGUGCUCAAAUGGAAAUGCAGGAAGCACUUGACAUGACACAGGAAGAAAUGGAUCUUGCUGCACAUGAGUUAAUGCUAGAAGAACGUUUUAAUAGAAAAAAUUGUGCCAGUGCAAAAAACAAUUCACGACGUAAGAUUAACUCUAAUAGUAAAAAAUCUGAGCAACCGCUGUUAUAGCACUCGUUGAGCCUAUCUCGAGAUAUUUUCGCAAGUUGCGAUUAUAAUUUGAAAAAGUCAGUUAUUUUUAUUUUACAAAGUUUUUUCUCUUUUUUCUAUUGCCACCAUGCUUGUCAUAAGUUGUAUGUAACAGUGAAGAGCACAGUGAAAAAUAAGAAAAUGUAAUGUGCCCAUACAACAUAAAAUUUUACAUAAACAAAUAUAAAUACGUUAAACACGGAAGCCCCGUUGAUAGAGCAGUUAUCACACAGCUGGCUAUGGAUUAAAUUCCCGAUGGUGGGCUAUGGCGUGAUGGUGGGAGAAAUUGGCACGGUGGCAACAACUCUAUCCGUAAAAACACAACGUUACAGAAAGCAACAUAAAAAAACUUUGUCUUUGUUGAGCAACGCAACAUUAAAGUCGGAUAAGAAGUAGGCACGAAACAUUAAAGGUCGGUCCACAAAAACAACUCACAUGCUAGAUUGUUCGACAUUUCCCAAGUUGUGUUGCAAAAGUAAUUUACGUUUGCAUAAACUUUAAUCAACUCGUAAGUUAGCCUUUGAAAAACUGAGAGACUUUUUGUUAUAUUCGUCGUCAUCCAUUUUUGGUCAAAAAUGAGAAAUUGCAAAUGUAUAAUUGGAGUCUCUCUUGGUAAUAUAGAGCUGAUGCCGUAAUUUUAAUAUACCGAAAAACUUUUAACAUAGUUGCGAGAAAAAAACAGAUGGUUUCUGA